GUGGCCUAGGGGGAGGGAAGCGUCCACACAGCUCCUGGCUCGGGAGAAGUCGGCUCAGUUCCAUUUGGCCAAGGAGCCGGCAAAGGAGUCCGGGCUGUCGGUGGCAGGUGAUCGAGAGCAGCCGGCGAGUGGGCUCGGAGCGAGCAGGGAUCGGCAGUCCCGGACCCCGAGGGGGCAGGCGGGCGGGAGCGGGAGAGGGGCGGAGCUCCGAGGCCCCGGCGCUGCGGCCGCCCAGAGGGUCUGCGGGGGCUCCUGUAGCCCGGCCCGAGAGCGCGCGCCAAGAGUUCCAGGUCGUGGCGCGCCCCUCCAAGACUGCGACCUUGGCUUGGGGACCAGAACCUUCGCGCCACCCUGAGCUGAUCCUCGUGGAGACCUGUAGCCGAGAGACCAGAGCUGCCCCUGUGCGAAGGAGCCCCAGCAGCGGCGCCAGAAACCACCCCAGACAGUCUCUACAGGAUGCGGCUUCUUGAGACACAAGGACCACCCACCUUACACAUCCACAAAGAAGAAGGCAGAAUUGGAGAUGGCGACACCAUGGCUUCCAUUGUGUUACUAAUGGUUCUGUAGGCAUGUGUCUCCACCGCAGGGUGUAAACUGCACCAAAGGGAAGUUCUCACCAAGGGACCCAGACUACCAGCACCAUUGUCUCGCCCCUGGAGAGAAGGCAGAGUCAUGGUGCCACAUAGCUGCUGUUUGGUCCUCUUGGCAUUGGCCUGGUACUCCUCUGCCUAUGGGCCCGACCAGCGAGCCCAGAAGAAAGGGGACAUUAUCCUCGGGGGACUCUUCCCUAUUCAUUUUGGAGUAGCAGCCAAAGAUCAAGAUCUGAAAUCAAGGCCAGAGUCCGUGGAAUGCAUCAGGUACAAUUUCCGUGGGUUUCGCUGGUUACAAGCUAUGAUAUUUGCCAUAGAGGAGAUCAACAGCAGCCCGGCCCUUCUUCCCAACAUGACUCUGGGUUACAGGAUAUUCGACACUUGCAAUACUGUUUCUAAGGCCUUAGAGGCCACCCUGAGUUUUGUCGCCCAGAACAAAAUUGAUUCUUUGAACCUCGAUGAGUUCUGCAACUGCUCAGAGCACAUCCCUUCGACUAUUGCUGUGGUGGGAGCAACUGGCUCAGGCGUCUCCACAGCGGUGGCCAAUCUGCUGGGGCUCUUCUACAUUCCCCAGGUCAGCUACGCCUCCUCCAGCAGACUCCUCAGCAACAAGAAUCAGUUCAAGUCCUUCCUCCGGACCAUCCCCAAUGAUGAACACCAGGCCACCGCCAUGGCAGACAUAAUCGAGUAUUUCCGCUGGAACUGGGUGGGCACGAUCGCAGCUGAUGAUGACUAUGGCCGGCCAGGGAUCGAGAAGUUCCGAGAAGAAGCUGAGGAGAGGGACAUCUGCAUUGACUUCAGCGAGCUCAUCUCCCAGUACUCUGAUGAGGAAGAGAUCCAGCAGGUGGUGGAGGUGAUCCAGAAUUCCACAGCCAAGGUCAUUGUCGUCUUCUCCAGCGGCCCAGACCUGGAGCCCCUCAUCAAGGAGAUCGUGCGGCGCAACAUCACAGGCAGGAUCUGGCUGGCCAGCGAAGCCUGGGCCAGCUCCUCCUUGAUCGCCAUGCCCGAGUACUUCCACGUGGUGGGAGGCACCAUCGGAUUCGCUCUGAAGGCUGGGCAGAUCCCAGGGUUCCGGGAAUUCCUGCAGAAAGUCCAUCCCAGGAAGUCUGUCCACAAUGGUUUUGCCAAGGAGUUUUGGGAAGAAACAUUUAACUGCCACCUCCAAGAAGGUGCUAAAGGACCUUUACCCAUGGACACCUUCCUGAGAAGUCAUGAGGAGGGUGGCAGCAGGUUAAGCAACAGCUCCACUGCUUUCCGACCCCUCUGCACAGGGGAUGAGAACAUCAGCAGUGUGGAGACGCCUUACAUGGAUUACACACACCUUCGAAUAUCCUACAAUGUGUAUUUAGCCGUCUACUCCAUUGCUCAUGCCCUGCAAGAUAUAUACACCUGCUUACCAGGGAGAGGGCUCUUUACCAAUGGUUCCUGUGCAGACAUCAAGAAGGUUGAGGCUUGGCAGGUCCUGAAGCACCUACGGCAUCUGAACUUUACCAACAACAUGGGGGAGCAGGUGACUUUCGACGAGUGUGGUGACCUGGUAGGGAACUAUUCCAUCAUCAACUGGCACCUCUCCCCAGAGGAUGGCUCCAUCGUGUUUAAGGAAGUUGGGUAUUACAACGUCUACGCCAAGAAGGGAGAAAGACUCUUCAUCAACGAAGAGAAGAUUCUGUGGAGUGGGUUCUCCAGGGAGGUGCCCUUCUCCAACUGCAGCAGAGACUGCCUGGCAGGGACCAGGAAAGGGAUCAUUGAGGGGGAGCCCACCUGCUGCUUUGAGUGUGUGGAGUGUGCGGACGGAGAGUACAGCGAUGAGACAGAUGCCAGUGCCUGUAUCAAGUGCCCGGAUGACUUCUGGUCCAACGAGAACCACACUUCCUGCAUCGCCAAGGAGAUUGAGUUUCUGUCUUGGACCGAGCCCUUUGGGAUCGCGCUCACCCUCUUUGCGGUGCUGGGCAUUUUCCUGACAGCCUUCGUGCUGGGUGUCUUCAUCAAGUUCCGCAACACGCCCAUCGUGAAGGCCACCAACCGAGAGCUCUCCUACCUCCUCCUCUUCUCCCUGCUCUGCUGCUUCUCCAGCUCCCUGUUCUUCAUCGGAGAGCCCCAGGACUGGACGUGCCGCCUGCGCCAGCCGGCUUUUGGCAUCAGCUUCGUGCUCUGCAUCUCGUGCAUCCUGGUGAAAACCAACCGCGUCCUCCUGGUGUUUGAAGCCAAGAUCCCCACCAGCUUCCACCGCAAGUGGUGGGGGCUCAACCUGCAGUUCCUGCUGGUUUUCCUCUGCACCUUCAUGCAGAUCGUCAUCUGUGCGAUCUGGCUCUACACGGCGCCCCCCUCCAGCUACCGCAACCACGAGCUGGAGGAUGAGAUCAUCUUCAUCACGUGCCACGAGGGCUCGCUCAUGGCGCUGGGCUUCCUGAUUGGCUACACCUGUCUCCUGGCUGCCAUCUGCUUCUUCUUCGCAUUCAAGUCCCGGAAGCUGCCGGAGAACUUCAACGAGGCCAAGUUCAUUACCUUCAGCAUGCUCAUCUUCUUCAUCGUCUGGAUCUCCUUCAUUCCAGCCUAUGCCAGCACCUACGGCAAGUUUGUCUCUGCCGUGGAGGUGAUCGCCAUCCUGGCGGCCAGCUUCGGCUUGCUGGCCUGCAUCUUCUUCAACAAGGUCUACAUCAUCCUCUUCAAGCCCUCGCGGAACACCAUCGAGGAGGUGCGCUGCAGCACCGCUGCGCACGCUUUCAAGGUGGCAGCCCGGGCCACGUUGCGCCGCAGCAAUGUCUCCCGAAAGCGGUCCAACAGCCUCGGGGGCUCUACGGGAUCCCUCCCCUCCUCCUCCAUCAGCAGCAAGAGCAACAGCGAAGACCCCUUCCCGCAGCCCGAGAGGCAGAAGCAGCAGCAGCAGCCGCUGGCCCUGACCCAGCAAGAGCAGCAGCAGCAGCAGCAGCAGCAGCAGCGAUGCAAGCAGAAGGUCAUCUUCGGCAGUGGCACCGUCACCUUCUCCCUGAGCUUUGACGAACCUCAGAAGAACGCCAUGGCUCACAGGAAUUCCACGCAUCAAAACUCCCUGGAGGCCCAGAGAAGCAGCGAUGCCCUGACCAGACACCAGGCACUGCUCCCGCUGCAGUGUGGGGAGACAGACUCAGAGCUGACCACCCAGGAAACAGGCCUGCAGGGGCCCAUGGCCGGGGCCCACCAGCCAGAGAUGGAGGAUCCGGAAGAGAUGUCCCCAGCACUUGUUGUGUCCAGUUCACGGAGCUUCGUCAUCAGCGGGGGAGGCAGCACGGUCACGGAAAACAUACUGCAUUCCUAGAAAGGAAGAAGAACUGGCCAGGAAGAAUAGAGAGAGGUUUCUUGGAAUCGCAGGGAUGAGGAAUCACCGCACACUCCUUUCCUUUGAGGAAAAUGGGACAAUAGACGCAUCAAACGCCCCAACUUAGUCGCCCUGCUUUAAAUGGCAGUCAAUGGGCUAUUGAUCCCUUUACAAUUAAAAAACAAUUUAAAAAGAAAGAAAGGAAGGAAGGAAGGGCCAUGUAUUCUGUGAUGGUGUUUGUCAGAAUGUUAUGUCAUGGUCAGAUUUGCUGUCAUUCCCAUCUGAAGUCUCUUUCACUGCUAUAUCUCACCCAACAGCUCAGAGAUGAAACCAAGGCUUUAAGCUGCCCACCUACACCUUCUUUAAAAGAAAAGAAAAGUGGGGGGAUGGGGUGGUGGCUCAGCGGUGGAGCGCUGGCCUAGAACAGGCGAGGCCCCAGGUUCCAUCCUCAGCACCACAUAAAAAUUAAUUAAUUAACUAAAGAUAUUGUGUCCAAAUACAACUAAAAAAUAAAUAUUAAAAGAAAAGAAAAGUGGUGUGUGUGUGUGUGUGUGUGUGUGUGUGUGUAGAAAUGCCUGCCCUGUAAAUCAUGGACAGCCAUGACCUGAAUCAUGGUCCAGAGGAAGAAAAGUAUGCAGACUGAUAGGACGUCCAGUUUGCCAACUGGAGUUAAGAGUCUGAAAGACAUCAUGUCGCCAGAACUGCCCGACACCUUGACAAUGGAAAGAAUUUAAAAUGUUCAAAAACCUCAGAGGGAUGUGCCCCCUCUUAUUUAUGAAAACCAUAAGAUGUGAGUUCCUUGGCCUUGGUCUCCUACCUGCUGCUGCUCUUGGGUGACAUCUAGAAAAUCUGCAUCCCUUCUGUAGCAAUAUGUCUGGGUUUUUUUUUCCAGAACAUGAUAGUGAUGUCACAUUUAUAUUCCAGGAUCACAAGAAUCACCUCCGAUUGUUGGGAAGGGACUGUGUAAAGUCAAUGAGCUGUAUGUAUCUGUUAUUAAUAUUGUUGUAUCUAGCUUUAUCCUUACAAAAAUGCUUCUGUUGUAAUGGUCCGUGGACAAUAUAAACUGAAAAAAUUGUUGCA